AUGGCCGAAGGCGGGGCAAGCAAAGGUGGUGGAGAAGAGCCCGGGAAGCUGCCGCAGCAGGCAGAGGAGGAAUCCCAGGUUUUGCACGGAACUGGCCACUGUAAGUGGUUCAAUGUGCGAAUGGGAUUUGGAUUCAUCUCCAUGAUAAACCGAGAGGGAAGACCCUUGGAUAUUCCAGUCGAUGUAUUCGUACACCAAAGCAAAUUAUUCAUGGAAGGAUUUAGAAGCCUAAAAGAAGGAGAACCAGUGGAAUUCACAUUUAAAAAAUCUUCCAAAGGCCUUGAAUCAAUACGGGUAACAGGACCUGGUGGGAUCCCCUGUUUAGGAAGUGAAAGAAGACCCAAAGGGAAGACACUACAAAAAAGAAGACCAAAGGGAGAUAGAUGCUACAACUGUGGUGGCCUUGAUCAUCAUGCUAAGGAAUGUAGUCUACCUCCUCAGCCAAAGAAGUGCCAUUACUGUCAGAGCAUCACACACAUGGUGGCCAACUGCCCGCAUAAAACUGUUGUGCAGCCGCCGGUCAGUUCUCAGGGAAGACAGGAAGCGGAUUCACAGCCAUGCACUGCGGCUUUCCCACGGGAGGUGGGGGGAGGGCACGGCUGUACAUCACCCCCAUUUCCUCAGGAGGCGAGGUCCGAGAUCGCAGAGUGGCCAGGCCGGUCCCCUCAGGAAGCUUCCUCCUCGAAGUCAUCGGCAGCCCCCGAAGAACAAAGCAAAAAGGGGCCUUCUGUCCAAAAAAGGAAAAAGACAUAACCCUUCUUCUUAAUGUAUCGUUUUCUCUCCCCGGUUGGGAAGUCUACCUCAUGCAAGGAUAGGGGAACAGUAUUUCACAAACAGCAGCUGACCUGGGAUUUUUAACUACUGUUGAGGAACUGUGAAUUUUUUUAAACAGACAAAUCACUCUAAGCAAAUUACAUUGGAGCAGGGUGUCGUGUUUGAUGUAAUUCAGAGAAUGAGAUUCUAUGUAUUACCUAUAUGUGCAUGUGUGAGAGGGAGAGAGCCUGAGCCUGUGUGUGUAGGAGGAUUUAUAUAGCAAUGGAGACAUAUAUAUAUAAAGAGCGUUUGUCUUUAUAUAUGUGUGCAUAGAGCUACAAGCACACACACUCCCUCACAGAAUUUAACACCCCCAAGAAUUGAAAACUCGUGGGAAGCAUUUUAUUUAGAUGGUUUCAAAAAUAACCUCUGGAGUUUUUCUUGAAAUACCAUUCCCUUUACCUUACAUACAAAUAAAAACAUGAUUGUUACUUUUGUGUGAACCAAAGGAUACUUCAGAUCUCAGAGCUGCCAAUCACAUGGUACUAAAGGUUUUUAAAUCGUCAGUUUCCCCCAAGUUUGGGAUUGCCUUUUUUCUUGAUAUCCAUAGAGUGCUCCCACCCCUUUUGAAGGCAGUACCUUAACUCCACAUGCCUCUGACUGCCAUAAGCUUUUUGAAUCUGGGAUACGUAUUUCCAGAAAAGACAAUGAAUGUGUAAUUUCUGUGCCGAUAUUUCAAUGUUUUUAAUUCAUAUAUUUUGAUUGUAAAUUAGAUACAUAUUAAGAGAAAGGAAGGGGGAGGGCAAUGUAAAAAUGUAGUGACUUGAUUGUUUUCAGUGGUAUUUUGAUACCAGCUCAUAAUCUUUCACGUGCUGCGAGGUUUUGUAAGGGGUUGUGGCAACAGCAGCUUCCCUUGACUAAGUCAGUCCUUUUGACCAUCACUUCGAGCAGGGGCCCUCCCUGUUUACUACUGAAGACCUUGGAGAAAAACUCCAAUAGUUUGGUAUAUAUUUUGGUGGCGAUUUUUAUUCCCCCUGAAGAGUUACCUAACUUGUUUUUAAAACAAACAAAACAGCAGAGAUAUGAAUAGAAUGCCAGGGUUGAGAGUAGAUAUUAUUGAUGCUCACAAUUGCCCAAUAUGUAUAACCUUGAAUAUAUUAAAAAGUGCAGUGUUUGGUGGCAGGCAACUAGAGUGACGAGCUGGGCCAGAGGUACCAGAACCUCUCCUUGCAGCGAGCUAGAAGGAUUUUAUACAAUAAGAUCGAUCUAGGGAGUUCCCUCUGUUACCAUGCUGAGGGGACCUACAUGGUGGAUUCAGGAUGAACACGCAAUGUUGGCGAUAGGCUUCGCAGCUUGGUCCUCGGUUAUUUUAAUAAAUUGGCUGGGGAACAAUCAUAGUAUUGGUCCCUUGUGGGUUUCAGUCACUUUGGUGUCAUCCUGGUUAGAGGUGUUAUGGGUACUUUACUGAAACAUCUCCAAGAAGGUACCAAUUAUAACGCUUAACAUUGGCAAUAAAUAUAGUUUUGUAUGAUGAGCCUGUUGGUGUAAGCUCAGAUAAUCAGAAAGAAGGAAGGAAGGAAGGAAGGAAGGAAGGAAGGAAGGAAGGAAGGAAGGAAGGAAGGAAGGAAGGAAGGAAAAGGUAUAGUUCAGAUAUGAUGUAUUCUACCUACCAAUGUCUGCUCCCUCUCCCACCUGUCCUUCCACGUAGACCUGGGUAGUUGCUGCUGUGUCAGCCAGCUGGGCAUAAGGAGAAAUGCCCAGGGUUGGGCCGCCAGUCCUCCACAACUCAGCCUGAACUCCACGUCAGUGUUUGUGAGAAUCUCCACAGUAUGUUCUGAAAUAUCAGUGUGCUGUGAUGCAACGCUUACCUUUGACGAUAUUGAAUGUGAUAUAGCUGUAGAGAAGUCCGUCCUUGCCUUACGUGAGGAUUGUAAGCGUAUUUAAAUUAUGUAGACAAAUCAAAGUGGCAUUGCUUAAUUUUUAGCAGGUAUAAUAAGCAGGUGAACAGUAAAAAUGCAAACCAUAACAAGUCACUUUGAAAAUCCAAACCAAAGUUUCUUGACCUUAGAGAACUACGGACUUAGAGAAGUUAUGGACUUGAGAAUUGGGCAUUCCCUGUUUCCAUAUUAAAAAGUGCAGAGCUGAGAUCAUGUUUUUUUUGUUUUUUUUUAAAGAGUAUAACUGUGGACCUAUGGGUGCAAUUUGAAAUCAUUUUAAGCAUUUUACAAGACUGAACUAAGAGCACAUACCAAACCUAUCUUAUGAUUAAAAGUUGGUUUUAUUUUUUAUAUAAGAAUAUUAUCACUAUUUCAUAACAUACUCAGGACAAAGAACUUUGCUCAGGGAACAUACCAUAUAUGAUGAUGUUGUUGUUGUUUCUUUACAGAAUAGUCUACAGUCCUGCUUACUCAAAACAAACCAAAUAACUUUGACCUUUAUAUAAGUAUUAUAUACUGAUGUUAGUAAUGACUACCUCUGUUUGAUGUAGAUCAAAAUUUCUGAAUUUAAGAUAUCAGUUCUCCUAUUUCUAUUUCAUGUGAAAAGUACUGGACAGUAGAAUUCCUGAACUCCUUGUAUAUGUGAAUAUCACAGAUGUGAGCACAGUAUCCAUUUUCAUGGGUGAAAUAUAACUCUGUUUACAACAAAAGGCUACCUCAUCGUUGAUGCAUAGCACACCUUUAUGCUGCUCCAGCCUUCCGGUGGCUGAUCGCCGUCUGGUACAGAGCCUCUCUAUAGUAUAGAUAGCAAUUCACCAACUGCAUGUUUCUGACAAACACUUGUGAAUAAUGAAGCAUCAAGCAUCUCACUUACUUAGCAAAGUCUCCAAGCAUUUCCUUGAACCGAUCAUGUACGUAGAUGAAAGAAUUAUGGUCACUCUUCCCUUUAAGCAACGCAGCACACAGAAGCAAUCUUGGAAACAGCUGCUUUGCCUAGAGGUUGAGGCAGGAAGGGGUGGCAGGAGGAGAGGCUGGUGUCUGAGUGCAUUCAUGCUGGGCAAACAGCAUAAAAGAUGCCAAUCUCCUGCAUUUGUGUCUGUGCUGCCCUGAGGCCAAGCAUGUUGCAGCAUUAUUGCCCUAGGCACACAGCUAACUAGUGCCAAGGAGUGGACAUAGAGUGAUGUGCAAUGCCAUUUCCAGCUACUGAGGGGUCGAGCUGUGUGAAGCAUCCAUUUACAGGGGUUGGGCAGGGGGUCUGUGAGUUAGUUGCUCCUUGACCUCACCCCCAUGUCAACACAAAUGUAAUUCCUAAGAAAGAUGCUCUAGCAGUCUCAGCCCUGUGAGCUAUUCAUUUGCUACAUGGCUGAUUACAGUGGAAACAUUUUUAUACUUGCAUUUCUAGUCUUUACUAGAGGACUUUGGAUGUAUUUUUACAAUGGAAAGAUGUAGAAAGAUUUUUACCUGCUUAUAACUUGCAAGUUUGGCGUGCAAUGUAAGGAAAAAGAUCAGUAAACAUCAUGUUAUUAGCAUCAAUCCACCUACAAAAACAGGAUGUUUUUAUUGCCGAUUUUUUUUCAAUAGUCUGGCCCAGUUUUGUUUUGCACCAAUGUGGCCCCAAGUUAAUGCUAGUUGUAUUUAGUUUGUGAAUAGAAGCCCAUAAGUGUUAAUAGACUUUGUAACAUUCACUGUAAGAUGAAUUAUACAGGACAUGGGAAAUCUCACUAAGUCUUAAAGUUAAUUUAAAUUAAUUUAUCUGUUUUCUCUAAGAAAUGUUUAUCAUAAAAUAUAUAUGUGUGUUUCCCCUUUGGUUAUAAAAUUUGGGAAAGUAUGUACAAGUGCAGCUGCCUUGAUGUUAACUUCCUAGAUUUAUUUGUUUUAGAGAAGAACAACUUGUUAAAAGCAUCUAAUUCUGUCUUACAUAGCUGUCAUCAGCCUCUUUAAGAUGUGGUGGUUAUGUGAUCUGUGUCAUAGCUCAGUUAGAGUGAGAAGUUGACCAAUGAGUUGUUUUUAAAUUUUAUGUAUGGAACAAAGCUGCAAAGUUAUGGCAAAGUACUGUACUGUGAGAACCUAUUGUGAUAUGUAAUACAUCUGUGGCUUAACACUGAGAGAGUUACCAGCUUAAACAUGACGGUGUUGACUACCUCUCGAAUUACUUACAUCUACCAACCACUGGCACCCACCACCAAGCUGGCUUUAGUUAUAUGUAUUGGGUUUCUUGUGUUUUUAUUUUUUUUUAUUUUGGUAUUAACCACCCUAACCAUACUAGAGACCAAAGUGAACACUGAUUUCUAUAUCUCUUUACUAGGGUGUUUUAUCUAGUGUUUUUAAAUUAUCCUGUGUAGUCUUUAGAUUGCCUCGUUGUCCAUUUUGACUCAUGUUUACAAGUGAAACUAAACAAGACACUUGAACUGUAUGUUUUUAAAGGACAAAAAAGGAGCUGUUUCGCAUGGCCUUCACUCGUGUACAGUCAUUCUGAUGGGCUAACAUACUGCUUGCCUUUCUGCAGACCGUGGGUUUUAUAUCUCAUUUCAUGCCUAAUGUCUUAUUCUGUCAACUAUGGAU